UCUUCAUCAGCGCAUGAGUUGGCAACGGCACUGUCAACUGGAUCAUUGUUGCCACUCGUUGGAGACACGCCGGACCGGAGUGCCGCCCUCACUUGCCCCGCUGCUUACAGAAGAGCCAAACGUGGAGCACCCGGAUUACCUCCAGUCACAAAUCCGACGGACUGUCACAGUUGGCUCCGAUGUGGUAUGUGGAACGCAGACCAUUGAGUGCGACGCCUCACUGAAGGCGAAAAAAUGGCAUGAGCAUCAGAUCUUUCGUGAGAAUUUACUGGAGACGGCCCCGGUACAGGAGCUGGUUAUCCGCAACUACAACGCUACUUUUGAUUUCUGCAGUGAGGAUGGUCAGGUGCACUUUAAAAAUCUGGACGAGUUUGUAGAGGCCAUUUACAAGCGCAUCCUUCUCAUCAUGAUUGCGCACUUUCCACCCUGUCACGACAGCCAUCCAGCGCACUACCAGGGCUACAACGUGGAAAAGUUUGCGGCGAAGAAGUUAGGGUUGUAUCAAAAGCCUUUGCAUGAUUUGCUGCGGGCAUGUGUGGAACAUUCUUUUGUGAAAAAGAGCAUCACCGACCGUCUGAACUUGUAUAUUAUCACGCCACCCAGCAGAAAUGUCUUCGUUCUGCACGGAUCGGAGCCCGUGCCGGUGACCGCACUGAUUGGAUCAUUCACGUCACGUCUCUUGGCAAAAGAAGAGCAAAAGUUCCGUAUUGCGUUUCACACGACACACGCAACGUCUCUCACUGAGGAACCAAACGAAUUGCAUGAAAUUAUAUGCCACGUCAUUCUUCAAUUAUUUCCAGAGCAGGGAAUUUACAGACGGGCGAUUGCAGAGGUCGACAUUGUGCGCCUUCAACAAAUGUUUUUGGAUUUACUGACGGACAAAAUCAAAUCCACUGAGACGUUUAAGAGGGGAGGCGGAGGUGGAGGAGAAAACCAGAUUACUGUGGUGAUUCUGGAUGGAAUGGAUUCUGUCCUUCCCACUGUGUGUCCCUGUAACGCACUGCGACUCUCUGAGGAUACGGGGAAGGACAUAUGGGGAACACCAGCGCCACCGGCCCAGCAAUCAGCAAGGUAUGGAUAUAUUCCAGUUUGCCUUUCGCGUAAUUUACGUCUUGUCUUGGGCUGUGCAACAAAUUCAGAUAUGCAUCAUCAGCUAGGAUCACGUGGGCCGGACAGCGCCGAGCUUCUCUCACUGGGCCCCAUAACACCGAAUGAUUUUGAUGAAAUGCUCCAUCCAGACAUGCUGUCAAAGAUUGGUGCAACACUGUCUGACGAUGAUUUUAUAGUCAUUCGCAAGAAGGAAGAAGCCCUUUGCCCAGAAUACAUUAUGUUAGUUUUGGACACACUUCGUAGCUUGAAUGAGGUGCCUGGAAUCGAGACGCAUUCCGUUGUGACGUCUCUGCCGGGCACUGUGAAGGGGAUGGUUCAACUGAAAUACAACAACUUGCAACAGACAUUUGGAACCGCACUCGUUCGAAAGUGCACACGACUACUUUUGUCUUCUAGAUGGGGUAUUUAUGAGCCGCAGUUGCGCCUGAUGUUGCAGCUCCCUCAACGGCGAUUUAAUCAACUGGUCCGUAUGAUGCGUCCCCUGUUGGGGUAUGGAACAUUGUUCUCUCUUGGUAUUAAGGAAGGAAACGCCUUGCUUUCCCGUAUUUGUAUUCGCUCUCGUGAGUUUCGUGCAUUACUCGAGCAGGAGGACCUUCAGGAGGAGGGAAAUGAAGAGGACCAGAAGUUGUGGCAUGAAAUGCUGGCGCGCUUUUAUCUCAAUGUGGUGCAUGAUGUGAUUGGACGAGAGAAGACGCCACCAAUUUUUGGUCUAAGCUCGACGAACCCAUAUGAACGCAUUUCGGUGAAGGAGCUGCCGUACCAUGCGGUGAAGGCACAUGCAUGGCAUAUUUUGUUUCGUUUUAUCUUGUCUAUGUCAUUUUUGAUGAUUGUUUACCGCAACAGACUCGGUUAUCACCUUGUGCGGGAGCUCAUUGUUGCUUUCAAUACACUUUAUGAGAUGUAUGAGUUGGGCGAAUUUCCAGAGGAGAAUGGUGCUACGCAUGGUGAAAAACCCUCCGCAUUGUUGCGUUUGCGGGAAUACAUUUACUUUUUGCGGGAGUACAACGCGCGGCUUACGGAGUUUCCGCAUCUUGUCAUACAAACGGCGGUUGAGAGCGCAGCAAGGUAUAACUUUGUUGGGAGUGAUGCAAAGGAAUAUGUCACACGCAAGAUGAGCCAUCAUGCCCCCAUUGUUCAGCGUCGCACUGUGUUUUUCGAGAUUAUAGCGGGCGCUAAAACGGUGAUUCACCACGGCGCAAUCACAACCUGUUUAUUUUCACCCAAGGGAAAUCGCAUCACCACUGGCAGUGUGGACCGGAGUGUCUGCAGGGUAAGCCCAGUGACGGGUGCCGUCGCGGCCCAGUUACGACAGGCACCAACAAGGGUGGAGGAAAUUCUCUACUGUGAAACUGGCGCCUACCAUGCCGUUAUUUGUCACGACCGCACCCUUCUCAUUUAUGACAGCGCACAGAUGAAGCUUUUGUCAAGGUGUGACGGAGGAAUAUUUGGGGCACCACUGUCAUCUGUUGCCUUUUCUGCACGCGGGCGCUUUUAUUUGGUGGCGACGGAGGACCUCCACCUUCGGGUGUUUGAAACGGAGAAAGGUCGACUGCUGUUGCAUGUGGACCAGCGCCAAUUUCUUCAUGGGUAUUGCGACGGUGUUGAUAUAAAUCUUCUUCGCGGAUAUUCUUGCGUGAUACCGCACAGAAUUGAGGACGAUGUAUUUCAUUCCACAUGCCAUAAUGUUCUGAUAAAGUGGCAGUUCUCACCGACACGAGACGAGUUUGCUUCCGAGACGCGUUUGGGUGUCUCCUUUACGGUUAGUUCGGGAAAGGCGGUCCUGAUCGGCACGCACCUGCUGCUUCACCCCAUCCCUUUUCCGGCACCAACGAGCGGGCGGCGGGCGCCCCCACGUUUUGUGCAUCUCCACAGUCUAUUGACAGGGCGGGAGAUGGCGGUACUGACGAGCCCUUGUAGUCAACUGUUUUAUCAAUUGUCUGCGAAUGAGAGGCUACUCGCAAGUGCACUGGACGAUGGAUCUGUGGCCAUCCAUCAACUUUGCUGGACAAGCCUCCAAAAGGAAGACGGGGAUAUGAUCGCGAUCCCACCGGUCAUGGAGCUUGCAGCCUACCGUGAGUCGCCCGUGGCAACUGUGAGGGCACUGCGGUUUCGUGGAGAUUGCAAAGCUCUCUUUGCCUUGGGCAACAGCUUUGAAAUGAAGUUCUGGGCGUUACCGCAGCGUUUGCUGGACGGUGGUGGGGACAAUGUCUCCGAUGCCGAUGUUUCUUAUCCUGUGGAGGUCGACGAUGCCAGUAGAGAAGAAGAAAAGGAACUUGUGGAGGGCGUGGCUGACGGUGAGUUCAUUCUAGAGCCCGCAGAUGUCGCGUCGUGGGAUGUUGUACAGGUGCCGAAUACUAAAGAUGCAGAGGUGAUCUUUGGUGACUCUUCCGGGCGCCUGACGAUGUUACGAAUGUGGAGCCCGCUGAUGUAA